AUGCUUAAUAUUCGCUCCAUUUUUCUAUUAUUUACGCUAAUAACCCUUUCAUUUGCUACCAUUACCGCUCAACAUUUUAUUGACAAGCGACAAACUAAUGCUGUUUCUGGUCUUACAAUCACUAAGCCCGAUGAAGCAACCCCUUAUAAUACUACUUACAAAAUUGUUAUCCGUUUCUGUGCUGAUAAAGACUUAACACAUCUUGAUUCGAUAUCACUUUAUAAAGCUAAUGGGAAUAACUUGAAUUUUGUUUAUGUGUUUCAGUCAAAUAUUGCAGUAAAGCUUACGAGCGAUAACAAUAAUAAUAAAUGUCAAGCCUUUACUUAUAACGUUCCAAAUGUCACCCCUGAUGCUCAAUAUGUUAUUAAUAUUGCUUUUAAUAAAAUGAACAUAAAUUCUGGAUCUUUUCUCAUCAAUAACCCGGGGUUCGGAUUAGUUAUUACUAAACCAAAAACUGGACAAAUUACUACGUGUGGUAGUCAGCUUGAUGUCCAAUGGGUUGAUCUUUACAACCUAUAUCAGAACGCUAUUAUUAACAGUAUAUUUCUUAAAACUCCCACCGGUACCACAACUUUGACUACAUCAAAUGUACCAGCUUCAUCUGGCAAAUAUACUGUUACACUUCCUAAUGGACUUCAAAAUUCCCAAGGUUACAAUAUUGCACUUCAAGUAACUCGUGAUAAUAACACAGAGACCUAUUAUUCAGAUACCUUUACUAUUAGGAGUUGUUAA